AAGAUCAAAAAGUGGUCAAGAGGGAUCGACCGUAUUCUUCUAGUGUUAUCCGAAGUACUGUCAGCCGCAAGGCGGAUUGUCAAGUUGCAUUUACUAUUGUAGAAAAUAGUAUAUCCACGUGUUAAAAAAUUGGAAUUUGGAUCUGAAUGUUUUCUCGCUGGCCCUCUCAAAUUAGUUGACUAUAUUUUUAAGAUUUAAAAUGGUUUUCUAUUUCGUCAGCACCGCCGUUCAACCCAGUUGCGCACUUUUCAUGGGAGAAGAAAAACAUGAAAAUGAGGAGUUGAUCAAGUGGGGAUGGCCUGAAGAUGUUUGGUUCCACGUUGACAAGCUAUCGUCAGCCCAUGUUUACAUACGACUAAACAAGGGUCAAGUAAUUGAUGAUAUUCCAGCAGCCAUUUUAGAAGAUGCAGCACAAUUAUGUAAAGCGAACAGCAUCCAAGGGAAUAAAAUGAACAACAUUGAUGUUGUUUACACCCUGUGGUCUAAUUUGAAAAAGACUCCUGGUAUGGAAGUUGGACAAGUUGGAUUUCACAAAGAAAAAGAUGUUCGCAAGAUUAGGGUGGAGAAAAGAAUUAAUGAAAUUGUAAACCGUCUCAACAAAACCAAAGUUGAGAAAAAACCUGAUUUAAGGUUUGAAAGAGAACAGAGAGACUGUGCAGAAAGAGACGACAAGAAAAGGCUCCUUAAAGAACAAAAAGAAAGGGAGAGAGAAGAAGAAAAGCGAAAAAAGGAUGAAGCUGAACUAAGGAGCUACGAUCGCUUGCUGAAGCAAACGAACAUGAAGACCAAUAAAGAUGAUGAUGGAAACGAUUCCGAUGACUUCAUGUAAGAAAUCGCUUACGUUAACAACCAGCCGAGUGUAUGCGAACUCGAUCACAAACCGAUCAGCCUUUUCGUAUGAAGUAUAUGUGCUAUUAAAAUAUUCCUCGCACUUGACUCGAGUUUUCUCUUGGUCAAUAAAAAUGUGGAAAUAAAA